CAAAGUCCAAAGUCCAUGCAGACACGCCAAAAUCCCCGGCACUGCUAGCAAUCAGCGUGUACUCCCACCAUCACUCGUGACACUCGUGAGCCAGCUCUCUGACUGCUUUUACACGCAUCAAGUGCGGAGCCCGGUCCUCUGUUCCCUUUACCUGCGCCGCAACACUCCGCCGGACCAAAAGUCUUGGGGACGCGGACGACAUUGAUCUCGGACACAUUGCAACCGGACUGGGACCGGCUUUCCUUUGAAGACGUCACUGUCGCACGCGUGGUAGAGACGAUCCCCUCCACAAUCAAUCGCUUCGCUCCGCAAUCGAAAGCGUGAAAUGUCCGUCCAGGUGCUCAGCAGGCCAGCGAACGGCGACGGCGUGGAAGCGGACGAUGGCUCCGAUGAGCUGUACAUCGAGAUGCUGGGUGCGGGCCAGGAGGUGGGAAGGAGCUGCUGCGUGAUGCGCUACAGAGGCAAGACGGUGGUGUGCGACGCAGGUGUUCAUCCAGCAUUUCAGGGCAUCGCAGCGCUGCCAUUCAUCGACGGGUUGGAUUGGAGCACCGUCGAUGCGCUGCUCAUCACCCACUUCCACCUGGAUCACGCCGCAGCGCUCACGUACAUCAUGGAAAAGACGAAUUUUAGAGAGGGAAACGCAAAAGUGUACAUGACGCAUCCAACAAAGGCCGUCUAUCGCUUCCUGAUGUCCGACUUUGUUCGAAUAUCCAAUGCUGGCAAUGCAGACGAUCUCUUUUCCGAGAGCGAAAUGCUGGCAUCUUGGAGGUCCAUCGAAGCUGUAGACUAUCAUCAAGAGGUGCCAAUCGCAGGUGGUCUCAGCUUCACCUCCUACCACGCGGGACACGUGCUUGGUGCUGCCAUGUUCCUGAUCGAUAUCGCUGGACUAAAGAUUCUGUACACGGGCGACUUUAGUCGAGAAGAGGAUCGACAUCUCGUCCAAGCUGAAGUGCCAUCACAGAGACCGGAUGUGCUCAUCUCCGAGAGUACCUACGGCGUGCAAAGUUUGGAACCGCGGCUGGACAAGGAACGUCGCUUUACCACCAUGGUACACAACAUUCUGUCUCGCGGAGGCCGCGUACUGCUGCCAGUAUUUGUGCUGGGUCGAGCGCAAGAAUUGCUGCUGCUAUUGGACGAGUAUUGGGCAGCCAAUCCAUCGCUUCACUCCAUCCCAAUCUACUACGCCAGUAGUCUUGCUCGCAAAUGCAUCAGCAUUUACCAGACGUACAUCCACACCAUGAACGAGCACAUUCGAUCUCGCUUCAAUCGCAGAGACAAUCCAUUCGUGUUCAAGCACGUGUCCAACCUCAGAGGACUGGAUCGAUUCGAAGACAAGGGACCGUGUGUCAUGAUGGCCAGUCCAGGCUUUAUGCAAAGCGGUGUCAGUCGCGAGCUGCUGGAGCGGUGGGCACCCGAUCGCAGGAACGGCCUCAUCGUGACGGGAUACAGCGUGGAGGGCACAAUGGCCAGGAACAUCCUCCUGGAUCCCGACGAGAUCGUUUCCAUGGCAGGUCAAAAGAUCCCACUGCGCAUGUCGGUAGAAGAGAUAUCCUUUUCUGCUCAUGUCGACUUUACGCAAAAUUCUCGCUUCAUCGACGAAGUCAAGGCAAAGCAUAUAGUGCUGGUACACGGCGAGCAGAACAACAUGUCGAGGCUAAGAGCAGCGCUGCAAAGCAAGUUUGCGGAGCGCUCAGAGGAUGUCAAAAUCCAUACGCCACGCAACUGCGAGCCCCUGCGCCUGAGGUUCCGGGGCGAAAGGAUGGCAAAGGCAAUCGGUCGGAUAGCGGCAGAACAGCCAAAGAACAAUACACAAUUGUCUGGUUUGCUGGUUGCGAAAGAUUACGCAUACACACUGCUCGAUCCAGCAGAUUUGGCAGAUUUUACAGGUCUGCACACCUCAUGCAUCACCCAGCGUGCUCGCCUGAACCUCGCCGUGGGAUGGGAUCUCAUCCGAUGGCACCUAGAAGGCAUGUACGGCCAGCUGCAAGAAGGUCAAGACCUCGAGGGCAAACGCACGCUGCGCGUCAUGGGCGCAGUUGAUAUCAAGCAAGACAAUCGACCUGGCGAGAUCGUCCUUGAAUGGAAAGGCAGCGCUUCGAACGACAUGGUCGCUGAUUCGGCUGUGGCUUUGCUCUUGGGUGUCGAUUCGAGCCCCGCAAGUGUGCGCUUGACCACGCAUCCGCACUCGCAUUCCCACGACGAAAAAUCUCAUGCAGAGUCCGCGGAGGAAGUGCUGCUGCUAGAGCGGACGGAAGAGGUCGCCAGCUACCUGGAUGGGUACUUUGGGGAUGUGGAGGAGACGUUUGUGGGCGGCGACGAGGAUGAGAAGAUGGAAGUUGAUCAAGCGAGUGCCGAGCCAGUCGUCAAAGAGGAGGUGCAGGAAAUCAAGACGGAUCCUGAUGUACCGAUGACGGAAGAGAAAGGGGCAGAUGCUGAGGCAACGAACGUUGCACAAGCGAAUGGUGACGCGGCGGCCCCACCUCCCACUGCUCCGCGCGCCAUGCAGAAGGAUCCCAUCGAUGACCUACGAGGUCCGCGCAGGGCAGCUCUGAUGGUGCGAGUGGAUAAUGACCGAGCAGUCGUAGAGAUUGACACCUUGACGGUCACUUCGCGCUCGACGACGUUGAAGCAGCGCGUGGAAAAAUUGGUGUCGAUGGCAGUCAGAGCGAAUUUGUCCAUCAGCGACUACCACAUCACUGCACCGGCAUUGGAUACUCAGCUGUUUUUGGGCCAGCAUGUGCAACCGCUUGAGCCGGGCAGCAAAGAAGCCUUGGAGUCCAUCGGCCCUCGCCCUGGAGCCGUUGAAGCGGCAAUGGCGUGAAUGACUUGCCCGUGGCCACAAUCGCUCAGAGAGGUCACUUGCGACUUUAUCGAAACCACACCUGUAAUAGUAAUGCUGC